AUGAUGGAUUCAAAAAGAGCACUGACUAUGCAAGAGCUUGAAGAUAUUUUUAACGAUCCUAAUUUUAUUAUUGAUGAGGAUAGUCCGAAUUUAGAUAUCGUAGUUUUAACUCCGGAUCCAGAUUAUGUUACUGAUGAAGACGAAGUUGAGGAUGACGAAUUAGGUAUAGCGGAAAUAAAAAAUGUUCCCGGCCAGUUGUUGGAGUUGCAAUUCUACAACGAAGAUAAUGAAGUUGACAACGUGCCUUUACCUAGUACAACGGCAUAUAUAGGAAGAGUCCCGAUAAAAAAGAAAAAGAUUGAAGAUACUUCAAAAAUUUUCCAAUACAUACCUAAAGACUUUCUUCAAUUCUUCGAAGAAAAACUGACAUGGCCCACUGCAGAAGGUGACGGUAAUGGUGACGAGGAAGAUUGA